CUCUUCUCAUCUCCACCCUUUUCGACCGACUUCGCAGCAGUCGUCUCAUUCAAAAUGGCCGUUAACCAGGGAGACAAGUCCGUCUUCGGCUUGCCCGGCUUUGCCGUGGACUUCUUGAUGGGUGGUGUUUCCGCCGCCGUCUCGAAGACUGCUGCCGCUCCUAUCGAGCGUGUCAAGCUCCUCAUCCAGAACCAGGAUGAGAUGCUCAAGUCUGGUCGUCUUGACCGCAAGUACGACGGUAUCGUCGAUACUUUCCGCCGCACUUCACAGGCUGAGGGUGUCCUCUCCCUCUGGAGAGGUAACACCGCCAACGUCAUCCGUUACUUCCCCACCCAGGCCUUGAACUUCGCUUUCCGCGAUACCUACAAGUCCAUGUUCGCUUUCAAGAAGGAGCGUGAUGGUUACGCCAAGUGGAUGGCCGGUAACUUGGCCUCCGGUGGUGCCGCUGGUGCCACUUCCCUCCUCUUCGUCUACUCCCUCGACUACGCCCGUACCCGUCUUGCCAACGACGCCAAGUCCGCCAAGAAGGGUGGUGAGCGUCAGUUCAACGGUCUCGUCGAUGUCUACAAGAAGACCCUCGCUUCCGACGGUAUUGCCGGUCUCUACCGUGGUUUCAUGCCCUCCGUCCUCGGUAUAGUCGUGUACCGUGGUCUGUACUUCGGAAUGUACGACUCCAUCAAGCCCGUCCUCCUCGUCGGUUCCCUCGAGGGUAACUUCUUGGCCUCUUUCAUGCUCGGAUGGGCCGUCACCACCGGUGCCGGUAUCGCCUCUUACCCUCUUGACACCAUCCGUCGUCGUAUGAUGAUGACCUCCGGUGAGGCCGUCAAGUACAAGUCUUCCCUCGAUGCUGCCCAGAAGAUUGUCGCCGCUGAGGGUGUCAAGUCUCUCUUCAAGGGUGCUGGUGCCAACAUCCUCCGUGGUGUCGCCGGUGCUGGUGUGCUCUCCAUCUACGACCAGGUGCAGCUCAUCCUCUUCGGCAAGAAGUUCAAGGGUGGAUCUGGUUAAGCGUCUCACUCUUCCGAUACCCCUUUCCAAGAAUGAUGUGGUGAAAAAUAAUAACGGGGAGGCGCAGGGGUCAGCGCGUGUGGUGGUAGUGGUAGAUUGAUUAGAGCAAUAACAAGCCCGAUUUGGGCGGGGAUUGCUCUGGUACACGAAAAGCACGACGGCGGUGGUAACACACCUUGUACUUUACUUUGCCUGGCACCUCCCAUUUCCCUAAUCCAGCACCCUGUAUUACACAACGUCAUCAUCGGCUGGCAUUGCUUUUGUCUGAUUUACCCUUUCCUUAACUAUAUUCCGGUCUUCGUCAAUUUGGUGUCGGCGGGGGGAAAAUAGUCAACAAUAGAGUUCGUCGAUUUGUUAACUCGAGAUCAAUUGCUACAUGUGAUGCUACUACUCUGACAUUGAUGACCUUCCGAGCCUGAUGAGCUUCCGUUGAUUCAUAUGCUAUCGGCAUUCCCCAACUUCAAU